AUGGACAACGCUGCUUUUACAGAGCAAGAUGUGGAGAGCAGUCUUCCCGGUUCGUCCGAAAUUACACUGAAAACGUCAAUCAGACCUCGGUCUAUCGGGGUCCAGUCAGAUGACUCAACAUACACGUCCGCCACGGAGUCGCAUGUGUCAAACGAGGAGGCGUCGUCAAGCCUCGGCACUGGCAGAACUGGGAUAGAUCACGCGGGAUUCUCCGACACGGACCUCGAAAGCAGUCUGGCAGGAUCGUCUGAGGUGACUAUGAAAACCUACUUCCGGUAUGUUCCACCAAGCAUUGUGUCUGACACAACUUCCGAGUCUAGCGGAGGGACAUCCAGUGUCGACACGAAAUCAUCUGUAGAAACUGUCCAACCAUAUGCUGUGUCCAAUACCCUUGGUUUGACAAUAGAUAUAAGUCAGUCCGCCAUAGAUUCGGCCUACCAUAAUCCGUAUGCGCAGGCUUAUGCUGUAAGUAAAAUUGAAGACGAGAAUUUAGCUCAAGGAGGGGAGAUACCCGGAACUCCGGGAGCAGCGGCCAUUGUUCCUCAAUCUCCAACGUCCGAUCUGUCUGCAAGGACACCAAAGGUCUCUUCUCCCGGGGUUUUCACGCGACAGCUCAACUUGUUCAUUGGAGAGGAGUGGGAGGACGUUCAGACAAGAUGGCCGAGCGAGCGGAAGGCGCUCAGUUGUCCAGGAAGUCUAAGGAUACCACGUGAUGUUGCUCAAUCACAGCGAAUGGCGUUUAAACACGACCAGAGUAACCGCCAGAGACUCGAGUACCUACAAAACAGGCGACAGCAGUUGUCACAUGACCCGUUACGCUACUUCUUUUACAACAUGUCGCACGAAGAGCCGGUCCUGCAGAAAGAUUACAUGGUCAAACCAAAUCCUCAUAACAAGAUAAAUCACAUGAUCCACAGCGCCCUACACUGUCCUUGCUUUUUCUUCUUCUACCUCCUCUGUUGUCUUCCCGGCGUGCACCUGAUGACGAAGGGCGACCUUGAGUACAAGACAGGUCACGAUGAUAGCGCGAGGAAAUUCGGUCGCAUUGCUACCGUAUUGUACAUUGUAGGGUUCGUGUUAGGUACCUCGCUUCUCGGCACCGUGGUUUACUUGGCUGUAAGUUUCGUGCAAGGUCAAGUCGAAUAG